AUGAAUGGAGGCAGGGUGGUUGAACAGCUGAAAGAGGAGAUCAGUGAGUAUCAGAAGGGUGAGAAACGAGGAUUCCCCCUGCCCACACCAGGCAAGACUGAAGAAGCUGCAGCUUGCUCACUGCAGGGCACAAAGGAUGAAGGGAGAGCUGAAGGGGAUUGUAUUACAGGCAAAGCUGGCUCAGGUCAAGAAGACAGAUGUCAGGGUAGUGAAACUCUUCAUAAAAGGUGUCGAGAGGUGAUUGAAAACAUCGAGGGCAGGAAUUCACAGCUCCUUCACAAGCUGCACAAACUUGAGCAGGAGCACGAGGAUUUGGUAGAGCGCAAUGAAGAGCUGGAAUCAAUUCUGGGAGAGACACAGAUCCAAACAAAGCAGGACAAGGAGCAGUUUGAGAGUGAGGUGGAGGGACUUCACCGGAAAAUCACGAGUUUAGAGACGGAAUUGCUUGAAGUGCAGAAGAACAAAACAGAGAUGAGUGGGGAAGAGCAGGCAUCUGAUGGAGCACAGGAGAUGCAAGAGAUGCUGCAAAGCUGUCAGGAGACGAUAGAAAAGUUGGGAAGUCAGCUGGGAGAGCGUAGGGAAUGGAGAAAACAACUUGCAUCUGAACUUGAGCUGUUAAGAGAAGAUCUGAAGGCUGAGAAGAAGGGCUUGCCUAACACAAAACCAGAGCUUAAAAGCCAGAGUGUCCAAAGAACUUCAGCAAGCGGAGAUUUCAUUAAUGCUUCCCCCGAGAGGCUACAAAAAGAUAAUGCUCUACUAGAAACAGAGGUCUCUGAGCUUGUCCGAGAAAAUGAGCAGGUUAACAAACUUCAGCAGCAACGGGAAGAUGUGAGUAUGGAUGGAAGGGCGUAUGAAGAGCAGAUGGCCAAAGUGGUGUUUUUGGAAGAACAGAUCCGGAACCUGACAGAUGAACAAGAACAGCUCUGUUCUGAAUUACUUGAAAGCAACAAGAAGAGGGAGGAGCUAGAAAAGCAGCUGAAGGAGAGCAAUGAAGAAAAACAGUUGCUGCUGGAAGAAAUUGCCCAGCUAAAGCAAGAUAUCGUGACUACCAGGGAGCAGCGUGACAACACAUUUGAGGAGGCUUUGAGGAUGAAUCAAAGCACAGUCCAUAGAGACAACAGGUUUCUUACGUCACAGAGCUCUGCAGGCAGUUUAGAUGGGAGCAUCAAACAGAGCCUGUCUGAAGAGAGAUUCCAACAGCAGGAGGAAAGGCUGCAGCAGCUGCGGCACGACCUGCGUCGGGUGCAGAACCUGUGCAGCUCAGCUGAGAGGGAGCUGAGAUACGAAAGGGAGAAAAACAUUGACUUACAAAAACAAAAUCUCUUGCUUCAGCAGGAAUGCACCAAGGUCAAAGCUGAACUGAAGCAAGCCCGGACAAAACUCUUGGACACGACUGAAACGUGCUCCUCUCUGUCAGCAGAGUGGGAGAAGAGCCAGCAGAAGGUCAAAGAACUUGAACAAGAGCUCUUGAAGUGCUCACAGGCUGAGAAAUUGCAGAGCAGUCUGCAAGAGAAACUUGUGCAGGAGAAAUCCAAAGUGUACGAAGCACAAAAACAGAUCCAGCAAAAGCUGAAAGAUUCACAGCACCAACUCCUGCUGGCAGAAGCCCGUGUUUCUGACAAGAAACUCCUGGAGGAGGAGCUGAAGGAAGCUCGAGAAAAUGAGGCUCGAGUGCAGCAAGAGCUCCGUGAGGAGCUGCUGAAAAGGAAGCUCCUGGAGCAGCAGGUGGAGGAACUGCGGCAGCAGCUGCGGCAUUCCCACGAGACAGAGGCAUCGCUGGCCAAGAUGCACGUGGAGCUGCAGGCCAAGACUCUGCAUGCCUUGGAAGAUGACAAGAAAGCUGACUCAGGCGAGCACCUCCAGUGUCAAAAGGAGAGCCAGAAGCUUUCAGAGCAACUCUCACUGCUGAAGGAGGAAAACAAGGCUCUUUAUGAGGAAGGAGUCCGUCUCCUCAACCAGAAGGAUCUGUAUGUCAGGAAAUAUAAUGAAAUGCACCUCCGCCACAAAGACAAGAUCCGCAGAGCCAAAGCAACGUUUAUCCAAGAGGUGAAACAAAGGGACAGCAGAAUUAAGCAGCUUGAAAAUGAGCUCAGUGAAUCAAAACUCCAAGUGGAAAAGGGGAAGGCACUGAUUGCACAGAUCACUACUGAGAAUGAGAAGUUACUCCAGGAAAGAAGACGGCUCCUCCAGAGGAUAAUUGACCAAGAGGAGACCCCUUGGAGCAACAGGUCUAUGGUUGCUGCCCUGCAGAGCAGAAUGAAGAUCCUGGAUGAGGAGAACAUGCGGCUGCAUGAGAGCAAACUCCAUCUCUCUGGCCACAUGCAGCCCUCGCAGCGCGCGCUGAGGAGCAUCCACACUCCCAGCACAGAGGACUUGAAGAGUGCCAACUUCUCUGAACGGCAGCUACAGAGUAAGGUGCCGGCGUCGUCUCCCCGUGCCAGUUUCCCACCACGAGAACCACCAGAGUCCCUCAGCAGCCUGAAGCCCGUGCACGACUCCAAGCCUGAAGGAGGAGCUGAGAGCCAGGAUUCGUCCUUUUGCUUGUCCCCCUCUCAGCCUUCAGAGAUUGGGUACCUGAAUGUAGCCUCACCUGGAGACACCACAGCCUCCCAGCUGCAGGAGGAGAGUCAGAGCAUCAGCUCUGAGAACUUCUAACCUGGGAAAGACAUUUGUAAAGUACAGACUGGUAGGGCUGCCAGGAUUUGGACUCCAGAUGCCAUGCAGUGUUAAGGAUUGCAAGAGGGAGUGUUGCCAAAUAACUUGAUGAUUUGUGUGGUAACUAAAUUAUUCAACAGCUUUUUUUCUUUUUUAAAUUAACUUAGCCAACAAUAAAUGUGCGUGUCAUCUCAGACCUAGCCAGAGGCUGGAAUUUGCAGACAAACUCAGUACAAUAGAAGAAGGGGGGUGGGGUGAGACACGUGUUUCCCUGAAUCCAAAUUCCCUGCAAACUUUGUAAAUAAAACUUGGAGAGAUUUUUCCUGUGCUUGGAUGUGCA